CAAAAUGUUUGUUAUGUUGUAUACUUAAAAUAAUUGUUGUGAUAGUUUUUUUAGUGCCAUAAUACUCAAUAACAGGUUGCAUUAAAAUUUUUUUUUUUUUUAAAUGUAUUCUGAUCUAUUAUAUAUUUAUAUAGGAGUUAUCAUAAUAUAAAAUAUAUUCUAAUUUCUCAACGCCUUUGUGACUCUCAAGUCUCAACUACAUUUCAAUAAUUGUCAGUCAACAUGUCUAGAGGAGACAUACAAUAUUCAACAAAAUAUGAAGACAAUAUGUAUAUUUACAGGCACGUAAUCUUACCAGAAGACAUGGCCAAACACGUACCUAAGACUCAUUUAAUGACUGAAACUGAGUGGCGAAAUCUUGGAAUUCAAAUGACAUCUGGCUGGAUGCAUUACAUGAGAUAUGAUCCAGAACCUCAUAUAGUGCCAUUCAGAAGACUUAAAAAUGCAAAUGAUUCUCAAACAACGCAAUAAUGUGAUAAUUAAGUAUAAUUUGUUGUGGUUUUAAUAAUUAUGUAUUAAAAUAAAUAAAUCAAUUUCACAAAUAAUGUUAAUAAAUGUAAAAUUUUAAUAUUUUGUUCAAAUAUUUAAUAUUUAAUUUUUAUUUUCUGAAUAUGUAUUAAUAAAAUAAAUUUUUAUUUAAAAAUGUUA